GAACUGAGAAAGAAGACGAUUUUAAAGAAAAAACCUAAUUUUCAGUAGUAAAAUAGGAAUUAAAAUUCUUAUUAUAAAAUUAUAUGAUAAACACUGUGAAAUAAAUUUUUGUAUUGCUAUGGAUGAUAUUAUGAAAGAAUCGGAUCAUAAUAAUAUAAGAGCUUUAGAUAAUUUGAAAUAUGAUUUUUCUGGGACUCAUUCAGAUGAAGAUGAUGAUGUAGUAGAUUCCUCCAGCCAUAAUAUAACAAUUCAAUCCGACCUGAAUUACAGCUCAAGAGACGUAAAGACGGAAAUAAAACAAGAAGAAUUAGAUUUGGGUGUCGAUAUUAUAAUGCCCGAGGCUUCAAAUUCAAACCUCUCGAACCUCACCAGUAAUCCCACAAAACCCAAAAAGGAGAUGAAGUCUAGAAGAGAAUUGGAGGAAGAAGAAAGGGAAAAAAUGCAAGUUUUAGUAUCAAAUUUUACAGAGGAACAAUUGGACCGAUAUGAAAUGUAUAGGAGGUCAGCGUUUCCCAAAGCGGCAAUCAAAAGACUGAUGCAGACAAUUACCGGAUGCUCUGUGUCGCAAAAUGUUGUUAUAGCUAUGGCGGGAAUUGCCAAGGUUUUUGUCGGGGAAAUAGUUGAAGAAGGUUUGGACGUUAUGGAAGAAUUGGGAGAAAGUGGGCCCCUGCAACCCAAGCAUCUUCGAGAGGCAGUCAGAAGGAUGAGAAGAUCAGGAAAUAUUCCAAAUGGAAGAGAUUAUAGAUCUCAUUUUAGACUUUAAUUGGAUUCUUUUAUAUUAUACAUUUUUAUUUUUAAUUCGAUCACAUUAUUUAUCAAUACCAAUUAUUUAAAAAAUAUCUUUUGAAUUUUAUAUAUUAUUGUGACCCAUAUUUGAAUAUAUUAUUUU